AUGUCUCAGGGUCAAGAGAUUCCACAUUGCACGCAGGAACAGCACCAUGCCCUCAGUGAACCCCAGGGCCUGGAGGCUGCACAGGUCUCCAGGGUGCUGGAGGAGACCUCUCCCUCCUCCUUCCAUACUCUAAUGCUUGCCUAUUUGAAUGAGGCUCUGGCUGCUGGGGCACCCAGUACUCCCCACACUCCUCAGAGUGCCUACUCAUGUUACACUGUCAUUACAACCAUCUCAUCAAGCAAAUCAGAUGAGGUCUCCAGCAGCCAGGAAAGGGAGACUGGGUCAACUUCUUCCAAGUCUCUGUCAGAAACUGAGAACUUGCCCACAGACCCUCUAGAUGAGAAGGUGAUUUUUUUGGUGCAGUUCCUGGGGCAAAAGUAUCAAAUGAGAGAUCUGAUCACAAAGGCAGACAUGAUUGAUGAUAUUAUCAGAGAGUACAAGGAUGACUUCCUUGAGAUCCUCAGGAGAGCCUCUGAGUGCAUAGGGCUGGUCUUUGGUAUUGAUGUGAAGCAAGUGGAUCCCACCAGCCACAGCUAUGCCCUCAUCAACAAACUAAGCCUCACCUAUGAUCUGAGGCUCAGUGGUGACGAGGGCAUGCCCAAGACCGGCCUCCUGAUAAUUAUCCUAGGUGUGAUUUUCAUGAAGGGCAAUCGUGCCACUGAGGAGGAGAUCUGGAAAGGGUUGAAUAUGAUGGACUUAUAUUCUGGGAGGAAGCAUUUUAUCUUUGGGGAGCCCAGGAAGCUUAUCACCAAAGAUUUAGUGGAAGAACAGUACCUGGAGUACUGCCAGGUACCCAAUAGCAAUCCUCCACGCUAUGUCCUGUGGGGUCCAAGAGCCCAUGAUGAAGCCAGCAAAAUGAAAUUGCUAGAGUUUUUGACCAAGAUCCAUGAAUAUGACCCUACUUGCUUCCCAUCCCAGUUUGAGGAGGCUUUGAGAGAUGAAGGAGAGAGAGAGCCUGAGCUAGAGUUGCAACCAGGGCUGGCAAUGCUGCCAUGGCCAGGGCACUUUCCAGUGCCAUAUCCAGUAGCUCCUCCCAGCCCUAGUGAGGUCUGA